CUGUUUCCCGCUCUGGCAGCGGCGUAGGAGGAAGUGUUUUGCAGGAAGAUGAUGACAGAGGUCAGGUUUUCCUAAUGGGCCAGUGUAGAACAGUGGAGGCGAGGCACAGACCAGGAACACAUACAUUAAUACACUUGUACCAUCACCAAUCAGCAUAGGGAUUUCCAUCUGUACUCAAGAUCACUGGGAAACUAUUCUUCAGCAAACUCUUCCAAGAUAUUCACCGGCAUUCCUGUUCAAUUUCUGUUACUCAGAAAAUCAUUGAUAAGGGUUUUGACGGCGGGAGCAGGAUGCCACAGAAAGAAUACUAUAACCGAGCCACGUGGGAGUCUGGCGUAGCCUCCAUGAUGCAGAACAGUCACAGUGGUGUCAAUCAGCUUGGCGGAGUUUUUGUCAACGGUAGACCACUGCCGGACUCAACUAGACAGAAAAUAGUUGAGCUUGCUCACAGCGGCGCGCGUCCGUGCGACAUCUCCAGGAUUCUGCAGACCCAUGCUGAUGCAAAAGUCCAAGUGCUGGACAAUGAAAACGUAUCAAAUGGGUGCGUGAGUAAGAUCCUUGGAAGGUACUAUGAAACAGGUUCGAUCAGACCCAGGGCGAUCGGGGGAAGCAAACCACGAGUAGCGACUCCCGAAGUGGUCAGCAAAAUUGCGCAAUACAAGAGAGAGUGCCCUUCAAUCUUCGCCUGGGAAAUCCGAGACAGACUGCUAUCAGAGGGGGUCUGCACCAACGACAACAUACCUAGUGUGUCAUCGAUAAACAGAGUCCUUCGCAACCUGGCUAGCGAGAAACAACAGAUGGGUGCAGAUGGCAUGUAUGACAAGUUAAGAAUGCUGAACGGUCAAACGGGGACAUGGGGGACCCGGCCAGGCUGGUACCCCGGAACUUCGGUGCCAGGGCAACCAAACCAGGAUGCUUGUCAGCAGCAGGAUGGAGGUGAAAACACAAAUUCAAUCAGCUCUAACGGAGAAGAUUCGGAUGAGACCCAAAUGAGGCUUCAGCUGAAGAGGAAAUUGCAAAGAAAUCGCACGUCGUUUACCCAAGAGCAAAUAGAAGCGUUAGAAAAGGAGUUUGAAAGAACGCAUUAUCCAGAUGUUUUCGCAAGGGAAAGGCUCGCGGCCAAAAUCGACCUUCCUGAAGCCAGAAUACAGGUGUGGUUUUCUAACAGAAGAGCAAAGUGGAGGAGAGAGGAAAAACUCAGAAAUCAGCGAAGACAAGCGAGCAAUUCAUCAAGUCACAUUCCCAUUAGCAGUAGCUUCAGUACGAGCGUCUACCAGCCAAUCCCGCAGCCCACAACGCCUGUGUCCUUCACGUCAGGAGCAAUGCUGGGAAGGUCAGACACAGCUCUCACGAACACAUACAGUGCUCUGCCACCCAUGCCAAGCUUCACCAUGGCCAACAACCUGCCUAUGCAACCCCCAGUACCCAGCCAGACAUCCUCUUAUUCCUGCAUGCUGCCCACCAGUCCUUCAGUGAAUGGACGGAGCUAUGAAACAUACACACCCCCUCAUAUGCAGGCACAUAUGAACAGCCAAUCAAUGGCCACUUCUGGUACAACUUCAACAGGUCUCAUCUCCCCUGGAGUAUCUGUCCCAGUCCAAGUUCCUGGCAGUGAACCUGACAUGUCCCAAUACUGGCCAAGACUGCAGUAAAGAGAAGAACUAUUUCACCUUUUGACUUUCCACUGAAAGUUGUCUGUCCAGCAGUAUUUUAUUAAAAAGACAGAAGACUGACUCUGAAAGAGACAUUUUUGUACUGGAAUUGUGCCCGUGCUAUAAUUUUUGGGACACGAAAACUUGAAGAAAAAAGGAAAAAAGAGAAAGGACUUCUGUAAAGUGCCCGGUGUUAUAUCCUAAAUGGAACAAAACUAUCUUUGUUUUCGGUUGCGGACAUGUUAUUUUUUGUGUUUUUGUAUAUGAAAAUUUGUAUGUUAUGACAAACUCAAGAACAACCAUGGAUGGACUAUCAGACUGACUUGGUCUUGCAUCCACAAAAAAGGACAACUCGCAGGCAAGAUGUUCUGCAACAAGUAGUUUUUAAUCAACUUAUAUCAAGUACUUCACUGUCCUUUGUACAGAUUGUGGACUCUGACGCAGCAAGCUCGUAGCAUUCCAAUGCAGAGCUGGAAGAAAAGACACUAUCUGUGUGUAAGCCCCUUUACCUGCUUUUUUCAAAGUUUGUUGACAAACAAUGUGUAUGUGGGAGCAGUAUACUGAACAGAAAGUGAAAAAAAAUGGGUAGCUAAAUGGUAGAUUGUGUCUUCAAUAUAAUUCAAUUUGUUUAUGUCUAUAAGUAUUUGUCUUCCCUAGAAAUCUCCCAGGACAAUUUCUAUAAUAAAGUUAAUUUCAUUUAUAUUUCCCAGAAUAUGCUAUAGAUGUUUCAUACACAUUU